AUGGGCGGCGCCACGCCGCAGGAGCACAUCCUGAACGCCGAGGCGAUGCUGGUGUCCGGCCUGUACAGGGAGGCUGCGGAGGAGGCGGGUUGUGUCUUCGGCUGCGACCCGGCGCUCGUGUCCAAGCACCAGCGGCUGAGGGCGUACGCCGUGCGCAUGGCGUCCCUGUACGAGGACCAGAGGUUUGAAAUACUGCGGGCUCUGUUUCUGAGCACCAAAGAUAUCGCAAUGGAGCUGCCACCGAAGCAAUUUGCAGUCUGGGCGGUAAUGUGUGUUGAUGUUGGGCUACAAACUGAGGAUGAACGACUCCAGCUGCUAUCGAAACAGUGCACAGAAGACUACAUCGAGAAUCUACAUGGUGCAGCAGGUGGACAAGAUGCCGUUGUUGAAGCAGGGGAAGCGCUGAUCGAUGAGGACCUGUCUUUGGUGGGUGGCGUGUAUGCUGUGGAGAUACUGGCGAAAGGUCUUCAUAGGUCCAUGGAGGCAAGGAGUUGGAUCGGAACAACAAAGGUCCUAAUUCCGGAGCACAAGAAGAUCCUGUUUCAGCAACUGGACAAUCUAUCAAACAAGGAAAGGCUGCAGCAGCAGCAGCAGCAGGAGCGGAAGCAUCGGCAACAAGCGAUGAGGAAGAAAGGAGGUUCUGCGGACGGCCAGGCUGUGGCAGCGCAGGGAUCGACUUUGUUGUCCUGGGUCCAGGGCUUGCUGUCAUACUACCCAGGCCUGUGCAACAGAAUGUGGAACAUUUAUCGUGGAACGGCAAAGGUGGGCAUGCCUGUGCUGGCGGCAUUGUCAACUUUCUUGUUCAUCUACAGAAUGCUUCGCAAUGUGAGGACCUUCAAGAGGUAA